UCAUCACCAUCUAAGCAAUUUAUAAAGUCAGAUGACUCAGGCCAGCAUGUGGCACAAUGGGUUAAGCUGUAGCCUAUGACUCUAGCAUCCCAUAUGGGAGCACUGGUUCAAGUUCCAGCUGCUCUACUUCUGAUCCAGCUCCCUGCUAAUGUGCCUGGGAAGGCAGUGGAAGAUGCCAAGUACUCUGAGCUCCUGCCACUGACAUAGGAUACAUACUUGGAUGGAGUUCUUGACUCCUUGCUUUAGCCUGACCCAGCCUGGCUGCUGUAGCCACUUGAGAAGUGAGCCAGCAGAUUCUGCCUCUCCCUUUCUCUCUCUGUUGCUCUGCCUUCCAAAUCAAUCAAUCAAUUUUUAGAGCAAAUAAGGUCAGAUUACAUAAACAUACAGGAAUCUGAAGCAUGGUAAACAUUUCCCUAAUUUAUAGGUAAUUUAUAAGCAUUCAAAAUUUCACUCAAAUAGGGUGAUUUUUACAUUUCUAAAGAAAUUCUAUUGCCUUUAUUUGGUUAUUAUUGUUAGAACUAAGAGGAUUUUUAAAAAUUAAACAUUUAUUUAUUUGAAAGGCAGUUACAGAGAGUCAGAGGCAGAGAGAGAAAGAGAGAGGUCUUCUAUCUGCUGGUUCACUCCCAUGUGGGUGCAGGGGCCCAAGCACUUGGGCCAUCUUCUACUGCUUUCCCAGGCCACAGUAGAGAGCUGGAUCAGAAAUGGAGCAGUCAGGUUGUGAAUUGGUGCCCAUAUGGGAUGCCGGCACCACAGGCUGGGGCUUUAACCUGCUGAGCCUCAGCACCAAGCCCUGUUUUCUGUUUUUAGUUUUAAAAUAAGAUUCUGUGUAUCUCCACUAUUGCCUUAUUAGUUGCAGUUCUUUUUUUUUAAUAGUGCUUGACAAUGCAUCUUUAACUCCUCAUAAUCUAUCUUUAAAUCAAAUCUUGAAGAUAGCAUUGUGGUGCAAUGGGUUAGGCCACCACUUACUACCUGGGCAUCCCAUAUGGGAAGGCCAGUUUGUGCCCCUGUUGCUCUGCUUCUCAUCUGUCUUCCUGCUGAUGCACCUGGGAAGGCAGUGGAAGAUGUCGAGAUUACUUGGGCCUUGGUCACUCAUGUGGGAGACCAAUAUGGAGUUUCAGGCUCCUGGCUUCAGCCUAGCCCAGCCCUGGUUGUUAUGGCCAUUUAUUUGGAGGUUGAACCAGCAGAUGGAAAAUUGAUCUCCUCUCUCUCUCCCUCCCUCUCUCUCCCUCCCUCCCUUCCUCUCUCCUUCUCUCUCUCUUUCUCCCUAUCUGCCUUUCAAAUAAAAUAAAAUAAAUCGUCUUUAAAAAUUUCAAAAUCUUACAAUAUCACACUUGUAGUUCCCUCCCAUUCUUUUGCUACUGUUGUCAUACUUUUUUUAAAAAAAGAUUUAUUUAUUUGAUAGGUAGAGUUACAGAAAGAGAAAAAGGUCUUCCAUCCACUGGGUCACUCCCCAAAUGGCCGUAACGGCUGGAGGUGGGCCGAUCCAAAGUCAGGAACCAGCAGCUUCUGGAUCUCCCAUGUGGGUGCUGGGGCCUAAGGAUUUGGGCCCUCCUCCACUGCCUUCCCAGGCCAUAGCAGAGAGCUGGAGCAGAAGAGGAUCAGCCACAACAUGAACCGGUGCCCACACGGGAUGCUGGCAUUGCAGGUGGCAGCUUUACCCGCUAUGCCACAGUGCCGGCCCCCAUACACUUUACUUCUACAGCUCAUUUGUAUUAUUUUUGCUUUGAAUAGUUAUACAAUUUUUUAAAUGAGAAAAACAUACUUAUCCACAUUUCUAUUAAGCUUUGGCAUUUUCUUCCUUUGUGUAGUCUGAAUUUGUGUUUGGAAUCAUUUUCCUUCAGCCUGAGGAAGCAAUUUUUAUAGUGCAUGCAUGCUAGCAGGCAUAUUCCCUCAACAGGCUACACUUGCCUAUAUUUUGCCUUCGCUUUUUAAAAUUUUCUGUUUAUUUUCAAUGUGGGUGAAAGGCCAAGAGAGAAGAAGAAUACAAAUCUCCCAUCUGCUGGUUAACUGCCCACAACUGCCCAGGCUGGACCAGGCCAAAACGGGGAGUCAGCAACUCAGUCUGUGUCUCCCACAUGAGUGGUAGGGGCUUGACCACUUGAGUCAUCACCUGCUGCCUCCCAGGCCAUUUAUGAUCAGGGGGCUGGAAUCGCGAGUGGCAGCAGCGCCAGAAGCCAGGCACCAAUAUGGAAUGCAGGCAUCCCGAGCGGUGGCUUAGCCACUACACCAUAUGUGUGCCUUGUGUCUCACCUUGCAAGAUACACAGGCGUCUUCUGAACAUACAAUACACUCUACAGGUAAUAUUCCCUUGUUCUCUGACUUGAAUUGUUUUUUAUGAACAGUCAACAAUAAUUAUUAAUGUUAUAUACAAUUGUCUGAUUUUUAACUGUCUUGUCACUACCUUUUUAAAAAAUCUGAUGUACCUUUAUCAAGCUUGGAGUUCCUUUUACUUCUUAGAUGCUUAGGUUUAUAAUUUUGUAUUAAAUUUCAAAUUUUUCAGUCCAUAUGUCUUCAGAUUUUCUUUCUGCUACUCUCCUUCCUCUGCUUCUUGGAUUCUAAUUAAAUACAUAUUAUAUUGCUUGACAUGGUUCCAUAGGUCACUGAGCUUGGUUUUUCUUUUUUUUUUUUUUUAAGAUUUUUAAAUUUAUUUGAAAGGCAGAGUUGGAGAGAGAGAGACAGACAGACAGAUCUUCCAUCAGCUGGCUCACUCCCCAAAUGGCUGGAGCUGAGCUGAUCUGAAGCCAGGACCUCCCACAUGGGUGCAGGCACUGGAGCACUAGGGCCAUCUUCCACUGCUUUCCUAGGCAUAAUAGCAGGGAGCUGAUCAGAAGUGGAGCAGCCAGGACUUGAACUGGCGCCCAUAUGGGAUGCUAACACCACAGGUAGUGGCAUCACCCACCACGCCACAGUGCUGGCUCCACUUGUCUCAUUUUUUAAGACCUUUUCCUCUGUGCUUCCAUUUGAAUCUACUGUCUGUUCUUCCUAUGAUCUUCCUUAUUGGUGGAGUGUAGACUUGAAUUUUUCUUUGCAGGAUUAUAAAACUAAAGAAAAGGCCACACCUCUUUUUGUGAAUUUUCUUAAUCUCUGCCUCACUUAAGGAUGAAUCCACAGAGAGCCAUGCAGUCCAAGCGCGAAUGUGAGCAAUGGUGUGAGAGGGUGAAUCCAGAGAACAAGGCGGCCCUAGAGGCAUGGGUCAGGGAGACGGGCAUCCGGCUGGUGCAGGUGAAUGGGCAGAGGAAGUAUGGCGGGCCACCCCCAGGCUGGGUGGGCUGCCCACCGCCGGCCGGGUCCGAGGUGUUUACAGGGCAGCUGCCCCAGGACGUGUUCGAGCACCAGCUGAUUUUGUUCCAGAGCGUGGGCCACCUCUACGAAUUCCGCCUAAUGAUGACCUUCAGGGGCCUGAACCGCGAGUUGUCCUACGCCUGCUACAGCUCACAGCGCGGCGCACAGGCCGCCAUUGCCACGCUGCACAGCCACCCGCUGCGGCCUUCCUGCCCGCUGCUGGGGUGCCGCAGCACGGAGAAGUGCGAGCUGAGUGUGGACUGUUUGCCGCCGUGUCUGAGCCAACACGCGCUGCUGCUCGCGCUGCAGCCACUGGGCCCCGGCCUGCAAGAGGCGCUGCUGCUGCCCAGCCCCGGGCCGGGGCUCAGGCAGAUCGCACUGCUCAAGUUCAGCUCGCACCGCGCUGCUGCUAUGGCCAAAAAGGCCCUGGUGGAAGGGCAGUCCCGCCUCUGCGGAGAGCAGAUGGCUGUGGAGUGGCUCAAGCCAGACCUGAGACAGCGACUGUGCCAGCAGCUUGUGGGUUCCUCAUUGCGGUACCUUCAGCCUGAGGGCAACCGAUUGGCCCUGGCCAGGGACAAGCUAGGGUCUCAAGGAGCUCAGGCUGCCCUGCAGCUGCUGUGCCAACGAAUGAAACUGGGCAGCCCAGUAUUCCUCACCAAGUGUUUGGGCAGGGGCCCUGCUGGCUGGCACCGCUUCAGGUACCAGGUGGUGAUCCCUGGGCAUCCAGUGCCCUUCAGUGGCCUCAUCUGGGUUGUGCUACCCACAGGUGGGCAGGAUGGGCAUGAGACAGCCAAGGAUGCCGUGUCUGCACAGCUGCUAGAGGCCCUGGGUGAGUCUGGGGCCAGCCUCCUGUGGUCUGCUGGGGCUGAGGCAGGUACCAUAGUUAAGCAGUCAUACACACACACACACACACACACACACCCCGUCCUCUCAACAGAGGCAGCCUACAACGGUUGGCAGAGCCUGUGUCAGUCCCCAGCCCAGCAGGCCUGGGCAGCCGACUAGCUGAUUUAAGAAAGGGAAAGGCACCUUGGCCUGAUAGCCUCCCUGUUGGGACAUAGCCCAGUGUAUCUAGGGCAGCUCAGGUUUGGCUUGAGUUACGCUGCUGGGCCUUGUCCUCUCCCCUCUGAGUCCCCACCUAACCCAUGGUCUUCCCUUUGUGACACCCACCCUGCCCUUCCCUGCCACUCCUUCCUG